GCGCUCCUGUGCAACCUGAUCGUCCGCAGCGUUCCACACGCUCGCGGCGGAGGUUCCGGGCCUCUCUUCUGCCCCCAGCGCAUGAGCCUGCGCGGUAAGGAUUUUAGUAUAAGCCGUGGUCCUUCGAGAUGAGUUUUCUGCUGCCUAAACUGACCUGUAAGAGGGAAGUGGAUCAGGCAAUAAAAACAGUGGCCGAGAAGGUUUUGGUUCUCCGGUUUGGAAUAGAUAACGAUUCUGUUUGUCUGCAGCUCGACGAUAUUCUUGCAAAAACAGCUCAUGACCUAAGUAAAAUGGCAGUCAUUUACCUGGUGGAUGUCAACAAGGUUCCAGUCUACACCCAGUAUUUUGACAUCAGUUAUAUUCCAUCUACUGUAUUUUUUUUCAAUGGACAACACAUGAAGGUUGAUUAUGGGUCUCCAGAUCACACCAAAUUUGUGGGAAGCUUCAAAACAAAGCAAGACUUUAUAGAUCUGAUUGAAGUGAUUUACCGUGGAGCAAUGCGUGGAAAGCUCAUUGUGAGAAGUCCUAUUGAUCCCAAUAACAUUCCUAAAUAUGAUCUUCUCUACCAAGGAAUUUAAUGGGCUGACCAGAGGUAAAGAAUUGCAGACAUGGCCAAUGUUCUAGAUCGCUAUGUUUCCUUCAAGCACUUUUAGCCGCCUCUGAACACCAUGGGACAGAUUUGAAGGAUCGUAUUGGUCUCUUUCUGAAGACAGACAUUGUCACCUCAUACUUCUCUCCUAAAUAAAGCUACAUGUUCAUGUGUAGAAUUCAAGCAAGGGACUAUUCUUUCAGUUGCAUGCUGACCAGCGCCUACGAUA